AUGGGCAUCGAGACUCGCAAACCGCCGUUGCCAGCGCCAACCGAGUCCUCAACCUUGCAAACAUCAGGAGGCAGCGGUGAAGAGGCUGACCUUGCUACCGACGUCUCACGCCGCACAGAUCGGACAUCCUACUCGAUACCUGAAGACGGAAGUCCAGUAACCAUACCUACGAAGAAGCGCAGGGACUCCCGCGAUAAAGGCCGUGAGAGUGCACUUACUCACGCUUCGCACCAUUCCCAGACGUCGCUAUUGAUCGAAUACUUCGAGGGCGGAAAAGGACCGAACGUACAUUCCAGGCCCAGCGUCCGGGUGAAGGUGACGCCAUCAGCUGCGCGUAAGAUCAAAGACACAAACGAGCACGUUCAGGUCACCGCGUCAAAAGGCAGUCGCAAGCCUUCUUACACAAGGCGGAUAUCGCUGGGCCAACACUCUACGGGAGAGAGGCAGGCCACAGAGAGUGCGGACGACAAGAGUAUUAGCUCGUACACAUCGGCGGCGGAAGAGUCAAGCUUAGCUCAUCGAUACCCGCCUGUGGAGGUCGAAAUAAUGCAUAGAGACCAAGAUAGUGACCUAUCUGGCCUAAAUCUAGCAAGGGAGGAGCGAUACACUCAUGUGAACCCAUCCGACAUAUCGUCUAUGCCACCGGAUAGCAUGCUCGAGGGAAAGGCAGGAAGUGUGACACCUCGCCGCGGCAGUCGAAGCACAAGCAGAGAUGCUGUUGUCACCACCGAUACUCUGAAGACGCCAUCGCGGAGGAGAAGCCGAAGUCUCAGUAAAGAGAGACUAGCCCACAAGGCUAUGGAAAAGCUAGUGGAAAGGCCUCGAGAAGUCAGUGGUGGGAAGCACAAGCGCAGCAGUAAAACUCGCAGCCGCAGUGGCAGCAAUGAGCAGCUUGUCGAAGAUGUCAAUAGUAGGCGGCGCAGAUCGAGCAAAGGAUACAGAGAGGAAGAGCUUGCCAGUGGUGCCGAGUCAAGCCUCCUCACAACGUCUCAGCUCUCUCCUCGACGGGAAUCUGGCGAUCAAUACUCCUUCCGAUCUGGAACCUCAAAAUCCUCAAUCAAUGCCAACCCAAGAUUGCUCGAGACGGUGGAGAAUGCUAUCCGCCGCUUAAUCAUGCCGGAAUUGGAGACGUUGAAGCAAGAGCAGAAGAUGCAGCAAAGUCGCCAAAAGUUCGACCGGAACAGUAGGGGAUCCGUGGAUUCGGGUCGAAGCGUUUCACAUACCGAAUUGUCUCGCAAGCUCUCCAAACAUGCAAGUGCUCCAGAUGUUUCUGGAAAGCCCAAGGUGUUUCUUAAUAGAGAUGAGCACAAUGCAGGGACACUGUUAUCGGGCGAUUCGAUUAAGGGCAGGAAAGAGAGCAGACGGGACAGAAAGUCCGAUUCGCCUUCUGAGCGCAGGUCAGAGCGCGAUAUGUCGGAGGAAACUGUCAUUCGUGAUGGAGAGAAACCCUCUCGAAAGAGAAGCAAGGAGCACCGUUUGAAAGACACUACGGCUGGAGCCAUUGCGGGAGGAAUCCUUACAGCUGCGGCUUUGAACCAUCAUGACCUGAAGCACAAUGACUCAAGGUCUAGCAUGGAUCGGGAGAAGCGAAGGAGGAGGAGGAGUAAAGGGAGUCACAGUCGAAGUGCGAGCAUUGCUGAGAGUACCGAAGAGAUCUUUAACAAGCAUGACGUUCCUCCGAUGCCGAUGCGGAGCGACAUCCAAAGUUCGGAAGUGACGCGAGACUCAAUCUUGUCAGAACAGACCGAUGGGACAUUAGGGACGUUAAGGACACUAUCCCCUUCGGAGGAACGAAUACAUACCGCAGAGAUACGACAGGUAUCUCGCGGUUCUCCCCGCGAGAUUUUAUCUCCCGCCUCAAGAACGCCGACCAGAACACCUCAAGAUGCGCGAAGGGGAGGGCUAGGAACCUAUCAUAGCAAUUUAUCGCAGGGAGACCUCGCGGAGGCUAGUCCACACAGCAAUCGAAGCUUUCGGGAUGACGAGCAUCACUCAAAACUGGUGGAAGCAGGUGUUGUUGGAGCAGUGGCUGGAACAGCUGGUCUCACUGCCCAUAACUUAUCAGAUCGCAACGAUCAAUACGAUAGACACGGAUUCGCCUAUCAGCAGGAGAGUCGUGGCCUAAGUCCUAUCCAGAGUGUCUCUAGUCGUCAGGAAAGCGAGAUUAACCGGCAGUCGUUCGGUCAUAAAGGCUCUUUGUCAUCCCUGAAGCAGCCCCUAAAGAAGGACUCAGCUGCUUCGAUGAGAUCGUUGGCGUCUCCUGUUAGCGUGGAUAUGACUCGUUCGAACAGACCCAAAGGCAUCAACUUCGAGCCAGGUGAAGAUGUGCUUGCGCAGCUCCGCGACUCGAAGUUUACGGAGGGUGAGUACUCUGAUAAAGACCCUGCGAUGGAUGAGUGGCUGGAGCAGGAACAUGAAAAGAACGAUCGCUAUCGCGAUUCUGGCAGCUACCGAGACUCUAUGAUUGAUUACAAGCAUAUGACAAACUACACAGAUGACAGCAUGGAUGCCCCAUAUCUCGACAAAGUUGCCGCCGCUCAAGAACGUCACACCGUGGGCGUUGGCAGAAACCCUGAUUACAGAAGCACACCAGUAGCCGUUGAAUCAGCAGUUGCAUCGCUUCUUGAGACUUCAGUGAUUUCGUCGAAACAGGAAGACAGAUCAUAUGCUGGAUCGCGCGAACAAGAACGGGUGGAAGCUGAUGCGGAGCGCGAAGUUGCUCAAAAUUCUAGGGAGCAGCAGCACGAGCAUCAGACCAAGUCAUCCUCUGAGAAGCACUAUAGUUAUGACAGGCUUUCUGCCAAAGACUCUCCACGUCAGAGCAUUGCUAGAUCCCUGGAUGAACGCGAGGAGCACAUUCCCAUGGGUGCCAGUGGCUUGCCAGUAGCUGAUGACCCCAUACCUGAGAUCGGACAUGGCUUGCACUCGGACUCUGAGAUUAGCACCAACCCUUCCAUCAUCCAAGGACCAAUGGGUGGCUAUCAGAAUGACAAUCUCGAUCACUGGCCAAACAAGCCCACCCCACCACAGGCCAAAGGAGAGUUCUUGUCUCCCUCUAAGGAUUCAAGUGCUCAAGACAGCCUCAAGGCCGCUGCUGCAGGCUUCCUUAACGCAGCGACUUUAGCUAGCGGACGAGGCUCCCUUGAAGAGCAAGGAAAAUCGCGGGAAAUGUCAAUACACGACGACUAUCAGCCCAGGUUUCAUGAUGACUAUGAGACCAACGCCAAGCAUGAUUUCAGCCCCGUUCGCGAAACUUAUAUGGCCGGUGGAAGAGUUCCUAGUCCACCCAAAGACGAGGGCUACAUCUCUGGGCCUCAACGUGGUGCUGCCAGUCCGGAAAUACGCUUCAGAGAUGCUAAAGCCUUCAACGACCGGGGAAGGGAUGGCAUGACCGAAGAUGAAGAUCCAUUUAUUAGCCGAGGCCACGACAGGCAUCUGAGCACCAAUUCGCAUGGACUGGCACAUGGAAUGGGCUCCCCGCUCUACGACAGCGCUACAGGCGGCGGCAUUGACAGAAUCCAGUCAAAAGACAUUGUGGCGCUCAUGGAUCAUCUUACGGUCAGGGACGCCCAACGCAAUGCCAGAGAUACUGAAAUAUUGGUGACUCUGGUCAGAAGUGCAGCUGAGAUGCGCAACUCCUUCGAAGAAAUGAAGAAGUUCAUUGCUGAGCAAGACGACCUUCUUGUCGACGUUGGUAACAAGCAGCAUGACCGUACAAUUCAGAAGAUAGUCGUCGGUGGCCCACGACCUCAGCCAUUGGGACCACCCAAAUAUCAACGUCGCUCUUCUACAGAGGACGAUGCAGAGGAUUCGCCUGCUAAGAGACGAAAUGUGUUUAGGCGCGCUCUCAAAGGGCUCAGCAGCCGCAAUCAGAACGAUAUUGGCAAGAUAGAAGAGAUGCUGGUCCAUCUACUUGGAGAAGUCGAAGGGUUGAAGGCUGUUCAGGGCGUGCGGCCUGCUGGGGGAGGAGAUAACCGCGCUGACAGCCUGAAUUCGUAUAACAACAUGCGCGCAGCUGGCCCAGACGGGUAUGAGCCAGAAGGUCAGGCCGGUACCGGAUCAACAGGCCAAUCCGGGUACUUCUCAAACCCUCCAUCACGGGAAGCCAGCGCCAUGAGAAAUAGAGACAGUCGCCGCGGAUCUCAGAACCGAGUAAGUACAGUACUUGAAGCGGACGAGGAGCCUGAGCCGCAUGAGCAGGGAAUUCUUGACAAUCAUAACGAACAGCUGCUCACCCCUACCAGGGAGAACGCUCGAGCUGGGUCUGUGCCAUUGGGUACUCCACCGCAGACUCAGGUUCCAAACGGGACUCAAAGUAACGAGCAUACUCCGAGAACAGGAACAGAUAAGAGUCGCAAACACAAAUCCAGCAGCUCAUCGUUCUUCCCGAAGAUCUCCAGGUGGUCAAGGACAACAGCUUCUUCUGUCGGGGACAAUUUCAGGAAUAGCAUGGACCGACGACAGCAGCGACCUUUCUCAGAGGCAUCCCGCUCGGGAGAAGACCUACAGCCGUAUGAAACAAACGAUCAUUAUGACCACCAUGGGGACGACCGUAUUCGUUCUAAUGACUCACUCGAGAACGAUGAUGUCGUUCGUGAUGUGGCCCAAGAAAACCGACCUCCUUCUCCCCUGAUCCCAUCUCAAGUAUCUGAGGAUCCGAAAUAUCAAGCACAUCGGAAUUCUCUCAAUCUGCAGCAUCCCCAGCCACGUCCUGGACCCACGCAUCGAUUCCAGCACCAUCUCGAAUCUCAAGCCCAGAACUUCGGCUCCCGCUCUCCCAUCUCGCCCACCUCCGACACCUUUGGGUCUGACCCCACUCUUGCUCGUUACGUCCCAGGUGCCAUCAACAGAUAUAGUGGAUUGGCUGGCAACCUGUCCCCAAUAUCCGAUGCAGGACACUCAGAGACAUCAGGGGCCGAACAAGCUUCUGCUCCUCCACGACCGCCAAAAGUCAAAGAUGAUGGUCCACUGAUUCCAUCAGGUCCGUCGCGCCCGCCAAAGCUAGCGAGCAAAGACAGCAGGCCAACCUUUGCAUCGCCUCUAAGUACAGAACAUCUGCAACCUGAGCAGAGAUAUAGCAAUGGUUCCGCUUAUGAUACUGCAAGUCACCUUUUACUAGUCGGUUCGAAAAGCAUAUUAACUGACCAUCUUCUGCAGGCGAAAGACUCACCGCGCUCUACCUCCGGCGCUGCCAUGCAGCGCAAGCCUACUGGUCCAAGGCCCAUCACCUCUUCCGGUAGUUACAGCCCAGACAAGGAAAGCGUCAAGCGGAAUAGAUAUCGCGGAUCGCCAAAUCAAAUACCUUCACCAACCGAAGAGGCUGACUUCUAG